AUGCGCGCGCGCGGUGGGAAAGCGCUCUGGGUGGACUGCGACCCAGGGCACGACGACGCGUUCGCGUUGUACCUCGCGGCGUGGGGACGGGGUGACGGUGAGGCGUCGAACGCGACGAUGGUGGACGGUGACGACGGCGCGGCGUCGCUCGUUCUCGCGGGCGUGUCCACGGUGGCGGGGAAUCAGAGCAUCGAGAAGACGACGGCGAACGCGAGACGGGUGUUGCGUUGGAUCGAUUGGGGCGGCGCGCGACGGCGCGGGCGCGGGUGUCGGGACUUCGCGACGGCGAACUGCCGCGUGUACGAAGGGGCCGGGCGACCUUUGCUGCGAGAGGCGAAGAUUUGUGAGGAGAUUCAUGGGCAGAGUGGUCUGGAUGCGGUGGACGGGACUUGUGCGUUGCCAGAGCUUACGGCUGAGGAAAAGCGUUACGUGACAGUGAGCGACGAGCCGGCCGCCGUGGCCAUGUUCAAGGCUAUCAAAGACGCGGAAGGAGACCUCAUCAUCGUCGCGACGGGACCGUUGACGAACGUGGCGUUGAUGAUUUCAGUGUUUAGAAAAGAGCUGAAUGCGCUCCCGAAGCCUCCGACGAUAUUUUUCAUGGGGGGCGCCGUGGGCGAAGGAAACACGGGCGCGCGAGCGGAGUUUAACAUACAAUGCGAUCCUGAGGCGGCAAAGAUAGUCCUAGAAAGCGGACUUCCCUUAUACAUGAUCCCACUCGAGGUCACACACACUGCACUAGUCACUCCAGAGGUCCUUGCGAUGUUGCGAGCGAAGGCAUUGCUACAUUCGUCAGGCGAAGACCACGCGAACAGAAUCGAAGCGUUGCUGACAUUUUUCGCCAAGACGUACAAGGAUGUCUUCGAAUUCGAUCACCCACCGCUCCACGACCCAUGCGCGGUGUGGGCGGCGAUAGAAUUCGCGCACGCCGAACACAACGGCUUGCCGUCGUCUUUUGAGUACACGCUCGAGCGCGUAGAUGUGGAGUGCGCUUCGCCGUUGACAUAUGGUCAAACGGUCGUCGAUCGCUGGCGCACCAGUGGACGGCCCAACAAUGUACGAUUAGCUAGGAAGAUGAACGUGAAAAGGUUUUGGAGCGCUCUCGCGGGAGCGAUCGAACUGCACGCAUCAUUAGAACGCGCGCAAGUUGAAUGGCCAGGCUCUGGCGAAUGA